GGCUGACGAUCUGCGGCAGUUGUUCUCGCGGCCGUGUGGCGUGUCCCGGGUCCGACUGAGGCCGGCCGGGGCAGCGGCGUGAGCCUGUCCCCGCAGUCGCCGGCCAGCGGGCACAGCGUGCUGCGUGUGCGGUGACUCGGGACCAUUGUGCGGCACCGCGGCCGGCAGGCGAAGCGCUCAGUCAUGGGCCCGAAGAAGGUGGUCUCGUGCUGCAGCGGACAUGAGCAAGAUGAGAACGCAGAGCGCGGCAACUGGGGUGGCAAGUGGGACUACCUGCUCUCCCUGGCCGGCUAUGCCAUCGGAAUCGGCAACGUCUGGCGCUUCCCCUAUCUGUGCUACCGGAACGGAGGAGGUGCGUUCCUCAUACCGUACUUUUCGAUGUUGCUCCUGUGCGGCAUCCCGCUGUUCUUCAUGGAAACAUGCAUCGGUCAGUUCUCCAGCUCCAGUUGCCUCACAGUCUUCAAGAUCAGCCCCAUUUUCAAAGGCGCCGGCUUCGCGUCGUGUCUGGUGACGUUCGUCGUCUCGGGCUACUACAACGUCAUCAUCUCGUACCCCAUCUACUACAUGUACCUGUCGUUGACGCCCCACCUGCCCUGGAUGGACUGCAACAAUACCUGGAACACCCCAAACUGUGAUAACCUCCGCGGGUUCGAGUCGAACACUACCAGUCGCGGGGCGGUCGACAAUGGGACCGUCAAGAAUACACCCACCGACGAGUUCUUCCACAACUUCAUGCUGCAGAUUACCGAUUCAGUGGAGGAUCAGGGCACUGUCGUCUGGCAGCUGGCGCUUUGCUCGUGCAUCGCCUGGGUCAUUGUCUACUUCUGCAUCUUCCGCGGCGUCAAACUCGUCGGAAAAGUGGUCUACUUUACAGCCACCUUCCCGUUCGUCAUGCUGUUCGUGCUGUUCGUGCGCGGCGUCACCCUGCCCGGAGCCGUGGACGGCAUCCUUUUCUACCUGACGCCCAACUUCAGCAAGCUCGGCGAGUUCAAGGUGUGGGCUGACGCCGCCGUCCAGAUCUUCUACUCGCUCGGCCCCGGCUGGGGAGGCCUCAUCAUGAUGUCCUCAUUCAAUCGCUUCAGGAACGACGCCAAGUUUGAUGCAAUCGUGGUUCCUGUGCUGAACUGCUUUACCAGCUUUUUCGCCGGCUUCGUGGUGUUCUCUGUACUUGGAUUCAUGUCCCACCAGACCGGUGUCCCCAUUGAGAAGGUGGCAACUGGAGGCCCCAGCCUGGCGUUCGUCACGUACCCGGAGGCGUUGGCGCUGCUGCCGGCCGCGCCGUUCUGGGCCGUGCUCUUCUUCUUCAUGCUGUUCCUGCUAGGCAUCGACAGCGAAUUCGUGCAAAUUGAGACCGUGGUGUCGGCGCUGCUGGACGAGUUCCCUCAGUACAGGAAGCGCAAGUCGAUCAUCACACUUGGACUAUGCGUCUGCAUGGGUCUCAUCUCACUGGCCUGUGUGACCCAGGGUGGAAUGUACGUUCUUCAAAUUCUCGAUUGGUAUUGCGCCAGUAUGUCUGUGAUUCUGGUCUGCAUCUGCGAGUGCCUGGCAUUCUGCUGGAUCUACGGCUCGGGAAAAUUGUGCCGAGACGUGGAGUUCAUGGUACAGAAGCCCGUAGGCUUCUGGUGGCGGCUGUGCUGGAACUUCGUCACACCGAUAGUGCUCGUGCUUAUUUUCGUCACGACGAUGGUGUUCAACACUCCGGUCAGCUACCGGGGUGUGGACUUCCCGCCGUGGGCACAGGGCGUCGGCUGGCUCUCUGCGCUCGUCUCUCUGCUCCUGAUGCCCGGGUACGCCAUCUACCUGCUGGCCGUGACACCGGGCUCUCUGAGCGAGCGGCUGCAAAAGUGCUGCAGGCCCACGGACGACUGGGGGCCGGCGCUGCCCGAGCACCGCCGCGAGUGGGACGAGUACAAGAGCAAACACCCGCCGCACCUGCUGCUGGCUGAGGGCACCUCCCUGUCCACGGUACUGCGGCGCAGAAAGGCCAACUACAACCCGUCGGAGGCGGCGGCGGCGACGGAGGCGGCCGCAGCGCCCCCUGCCACCGUCGACAGCGUGCUGUAGCGCCCGACGUCGGCGGCCGGCGUGUCGGGGGCGGCACCUGUCUUGCAGAGCUCGGUGUGGGGAGAGCGGUCCUCUGCUGUGGCUAAUUUCCUCCACACCGGUCGAAUAUGAGAGGUGAUACCUGAAUUGGAGAUCGCAGGCCAUUUAGCGUAAAAGCACAUAUGUUUUGCUGUUGUAUCGAUUCAUGCUCACUCAGCUGCGUAUCGCUCGACUGCACCAAACACCAAUACAAUCACGUCGUAGAUCUGAGUAAAAUUACGAAAAUUAUAUCUGUCUAACUGUUCGAAUGAUAUGGCGUGCUUAGCAAACUCAAUAGCCACUGGCUACUACGGAAAGUGUGCAUUGUAAUUUAGUAGGUAGUUCGUCGUUAGUAAGUAGACCUGUGGCGCAUCGUCAAUAACUUGGAGUGAACCUAUUUACAAAACAAAACAGACGUGUGCCAUUUUACAUGUGUGCAGUGAAUGUGCGGCUUUGCCGGUCUCAAUUUUCCUUUUUCUGUGAAUGUCUUAUGUCGCCAUCUUUGUUCCAUCAUUUCCAUCUUCGUUUUUUUCUCUCCCCUUCCCUCAGUCUCUCUCUCUCUCUCUCUCUCUCUCUCUCUCUCUCUCUCUCUCUCUCUCUCUCUCUCUCUCUCUCUCUCUCUCUCUCUCUCUCUCUCUCUCUCUCUCUCUCUCUCUCUCUCUCUCUCUCUCUCUCUCUCUCUCUCUCUCUCUCUCUCUCUCUCUCUCUCCCAUGGGGUGUAUUGUCUUUCCGUCUCUCCUUUCGAGAAAUCAUCUGCCUCGCUGUCCGCUGAUAAUUUUCACUUCCCAGUUUGAUUUUCGUGUGCGUCCAUUCUUCACCUUGAUAACCACUAUAUGUGAGGGAAGCUCACUUCUGCAACCAUCGGACCAAAUACAAUGCAAUGGCCGAUAUGUCCAGGACGAUUGUGACGGUGACACUUAGCAGUUGCAGCGUUUUCAGAUAACAUUUUUAGCCCUCCUGCUAACUUUUUUUGAGCCAUUGAGCCGUGUGCUGAUAUUGAAAUGUGCUCUAAUGUUGAACCGGUGUCUUGUUAAGUGCCGAUACGCAGACUUUCAGACACGGAUUACACCAAAUACGUAAUACAUAUUUAACCUGGAGCGAA